ACAAAUUAACCCCUGGUUGGGGAGGUGGGUAGGGGGCCCAGGGGUGAGCCCGAAGCCCUGCAGCUGGGGACUGGAACCUGCCACCCCAAGGCCAAAGACUGCUGCCCACCACCCCAGAGCUGAGGCCCAAGCCUCGCCUCCUCCAGGAAGGUGGGGAACUGGCCGCCUAGUCCUACAGUGCUUGUGGCUCCUGAAAGGGAGACGGACCAGCCCCUGCUGGUGGCCUCAGGGGAGGGGUUAAUGCUUUGCCUCCCCUCCUCCCCCAAUCUCUGCCCAGGAGCUAGAUAGUUCAGUCUUUGUCACCUCAGUUAAAACUGCCAACAAAGAUACCAAUUGCAAUAGUGGUUCUGGGAUGUGAACCAUCUUCCCAUUACGAAUGGAACUGAGACCACUGAUUCCUUUCACACAGAUCACUGAAUCAUCACUAGACGGUAACUUACAGUUUAUAGCACCUUGGGUCAGACAUGAACUGGUGUUCUUAAGAUGAAAAGUCCUAUCACCCACUCCUCCAUAUUUAGACUUCUUUACUGGAAAGAAACAGUUGAAAAACUUUUUCAAGUAGAUAUGGCAGAGAAUGCUCUGAAAAAUACUAUGGAAACUGAAAUCCCCACUGUCAGUGUUGUAGCUGAUGAAGAAUUCCUUCCCUUCAAAGAAGACACAUUUGAUCUUGUUGUUAGCAGUUUAAGUUUGCAUUGGGUGAAUGACCUUCCUAGAGCUUUUAGAGAGAUUCAUCAAGUCCUUAAGCCAGAUGGAGUAUUUAUUGGUGCCAUGUUUGGAGGAGAAACUCUGUAUGAACUUCGCUGCUCUUUGCAGCUAGCAGAACUGGAAAGAGAAGGAGGAUUCUCACCACAUGUAUCUCCCUUCACUCAUGUCAGUGAUUUAGGACAUCUGCUGGGAGGAGCUGGCUUUAACACGUUGACUGUGGAUACUGAUGAAAUUCAAGUCAACUAUCCAGGAAUGUUUGAGAUCAUGGAAGAUUUGAAAGGUAUGGGAGAGAGUAACUGUUCUUGGAAUAGGAAACCUAUCCUACACAGAGAAACCAUGUUGGCAGCUGCAGCAAUAUAUCAAGAAAUGUAUGGAAGUAAUGAUGGUUCAGUACCUGCUACAUUUCAGAUUUAUUACAUGAUAGGCUGGAAAUUUCAAGAGUCACAGGCAAGACCUGCCCAGAGAGGUUCUGCAACAGUGUCAUUUGGCGAUCUGGCAAAAAUAAAUGCACUUAUUUCAAGAAAAAAGUAGUUCAUCCAAUGGUUACGAUUGUACUGGAUCUCUUAUGGAACUUUGCAUUGCAGAUAUUCUACAGUUGUCAGGUUUCUCCUGUUAAUGUCACUUUGAAGAGCUAAUAAAGUAGUUACAGGACUCAGUUUAUGUUUUGUUCAAUGCAUAGCAGUAAGAGAACAACAUAGUAUCCAUUAAAAUUUCUAUAGAAAGAUGUUAUCAAUACAUUAAUAGAAAGGUGAAACUUUCUUUUUUUGGUAACUGACAGUUUUCAGAUGUAAUGUCUGUCUUCACCAUUUCAGUGCUAAGGAUUGCUCCAAAGGGGGUAACUUUUUUGUUAGUAUUUGGGUACUCUGGGAGUAAUGAUUUAAUGAUAUUAAAGAGAGCAUCUGCCUGGUGCUGUGAACAGGACUUUCAACUGAACUAAUAGGGAAAAAACGUCUGCAAAUACACAGAUCCAAUUUAAUAUGUAAGUAGUCUGAAGAUUUGUUUGUUUGUUUGGUUUGUUUUCUUUGGGGGCCUCAAAAUAUGGGUAAAAACACUUGGCCAUCAGUUGUUGAAAUUCUCAUGUUUGACCUGCAUGUAAAGAGAAGUGAAGGAAACCAUCCUUGUGAGAGAAAAUACCUUGCUCAGGAACUCAGCUAAGUGUCUUACUUCAAAGUAUGUACAACUAAACAGUUUCUGUGAGAUCAUUAUUUUCUAGGAACAGUGAUCCACUGUGUGC